AUCCCUCUUUCCCUUCCCUCUUUCCCUCCUCUCUCGAUCUCGUUCUCUCGAUCAUCUGUUUUGUUGCCCUAAUCGUGUGUUCCGAUUCAUCAGCAUAACAACCGGAUUUUUGGGAGCUAUUAGUCUAUUACUCCACCCUCUUCGGCAAUUCGAUGGGUGUAGCGGAUGCGGAGAUGGGGGAGGACGCUAGGGUUUCGGGGAGAGGGGUUAGGGACGAGGAGGUGGACGGCAUGGACGGUGACAGGGAUAGGGAGAGGCAUAAGGAGCCGGGGAAGCAUAGAAGCAAGCACAGGGAUCGGUCGAGGGAGAGGGAGAAAGAGGAGCACAGGGAUUCGGAUCGAUAUGAUAGAAGGGAUAGUGGUAGGGACCGAAGGAAGGAGGAGAGGGAUCGGGAGAAGGAGAAGAGUGGUCGGGAGAAGGCGAGGGAGAAGGAUUACGAGAGGGAUAGUAAGCAUAGGGAGAAGGAGAGAGAGUCUAGGGAUAGGGUGAAGGAGAGGGAGAAGGAUAGAGAAGGCGAGAGAGAAAGAGAGCAGCGCGAUCACGGCAGGGAGAAGGAUAAGGGCGGCCGGGAAAGAAGUAAGCAUCAUGAGAGUGAGAGGGAUGAGAGAGCGCGAGAGCGAGAUCGCGAGAAGGGUAGGGAAAGGGAGAGGGAGAGGGAGAGGGAGAGGGAGAGGGAAAAGGAUCAAGAUAGGUUAAAAGAUAAAGAGAGGGAUAGGGAGAAGGAGAGAAGUAAGAAUCGAGAGAAGGAGAGGGAUAAGAUAGAGAGGGACAAUGCCAAGGAGAAGUCUAGGGAGAGGAAGGACGAAGAUCGAGAGAAGGAUAACCUUCAUGAAGCGACCGCUCCCAAGGUGCCAAGCACCGAUCUUGGAGAGCGUCUUACGAAGAUUAGAGAAGAAAGAAUGAAGGUGACAUCUGAUAGUACUUCUGAGAUCUUAGCUUGGGUCACUAGGAGUCGGAAGCUUGAGGAGAAGCGAAACGCUGAGAAGGAGAAAGCAUUACAUCUCGCAAAAGCUUUGGAGGAGCAGGAUAACAUCCUAGCAGGAAGUGGAGAUGAUGAAGCAGAUGAACUUGAUAGAGGCCACCUAGCCGGAGUAAAAAUUAGUCAUGGGUUUGAAAAAGCAGCUGAGGGAGCUGUUACCUUGGUGCUGAAAGAUCAAAAUAUUCUUGCUGGUGGUGACAUUAAUGAAGAGUCUGAUGUGCUUGAAAAUGUGGAGAUCGUGGAGCAAAAACAGAGAGAUGAUGCAUACAGGGCAGCAAAGAAAAAGACCGGAGUAUAUGAUGAUAAAUUUAGUGACGAAAUGGGGUCACGGAGACCAAUACUUCCACAAUAUGAUGAUCAGAUUGAAGAUGAGGGUGUUACCUUGGAUGAAAGUGGGGGCUUCUCAGUUGAAGCAGAGAAGAAGUUGGAAGAGCUUCGCAGGAGGAUUGCAGGCGGUUCCACCCAAAAAGCCUAUGAAGAUCUCAGCGCAGCAGGAAAGACAUCUUCAGAUUAUUACACUGCCGAAGAAAUGCUUCAAUUUAAGAAGCCAAAGAAAAAGAAAUCCUUGAGGAAGAAAGAGAAGUUGGAUUUGGAUGCCUUAGAAGCAGAAGCCAUUGCCGCCGGAUUGGGCACUGGAGAUCUCGGAUCCCGUAAUGAUCUAAAACGGCAAGUGGCAAGGGAGGAGCAGGAGAGAGCUGAGGCUGAGAGGAGAAGUAACGCGUACCAAGCAGCUAUAGCAAAGGCAGAAGAGGCAUCGAAAGUUUUGCAGCAGGAGCAAACCAUAACUGUACAAUCUGUUCCACAGGAUGUGGAACUUGUCUUUGGUGAAGAUUAUGAAGAUCUGCAAAGGUCUCUCGAGCAGGCGAGAAGGCUUGCCCUAAGAAAGCAGGAUGAAUCAAUUCCUGUUGGUCCUCAAGCAGUUGCGCUCUUAGCUACAUCCAAGAAGAGAGAAGAAGAGGCCAGUUCUACAGAAGAAGCACAGGAGAAUAAGGUUGUCAUAACGGAGAUGGAGGAUUUUCUAAUGGGUUUACAACUUAAUCAAGAUACUCAUAAACCUGAAGCAGAAGAUGUAUUCAUGGAUGAGGAUGAUGCCCCUGAGCCUGCAGAGCAGGAAGUGAAAGCUGAGGUUGGCGGAUGGACGGAAGUGAAUGAAAUUGACAGUGCAGAAUUACCUGUCAAUGAAGACGACACGGAUGUUGCCCCUGAUGAAAUUAUUCAUGAGUUGGCUGUCGGAAAAGGACUAGCUGGAGCUCUAAAGUUGCUUAAAGAUCGAGGAACACUUAAUGAGGGGAUUGAUUGGGGUGGCAGAACUAUGGACAAGAAGAAAAGUAAGCUUGUCGGCAUCAAUGAUAAUGAGGGGCCUAAGGAAAUGCGCAUUGAGAGGACUGAUGAAUUUGGACGAAUUAUGACGCCAAAGGAGGCCUUUCGGAUGCUUUCACACAAAUUCCAUGGCAAGGGACCAGGGAAAAUGAAGCAAGAAAAGCGCAUGAAGAAGUUUCAGGAGGAUCUAAAGACCAAACAGAUGAAAGCUUCUGACACGCCAUUGUUGGCCAUGGAGAAAAUGAGAGAAGCUCAGGCUAAGUUGAAGACUCCUUACCUUGUUUUGAGCGGGCAUGUAAAACCAGGGCAAACUAGCGACCCUAGAAGCGGCUUUGCUACAGUAGAGAAAGACCAUCUGGGGAGCCUGACACCAAUGCUGGGGGAUAAAAAGGUUGAACAUUUUCUGGGAAUUAAACGCAAUGCUGAAGCAGGUACCAUGGGACCGCCACCGCCCAAAAAACCAAAGAAGUAAAUCCUCAACAGUGUAGCUUGAUGUAGGUACCAGAGAGGUUAAUGCCUUCUCCUCAUUCAUUUGGAGCUGUUUUUUUGUUUUUGUUUUUGUCUUUUAGCUUUUCCCUGAGCGUCCAUGACGGCCUCAUUUAUGAGAUCGAUAUGAACAAGAAUGUAUCAGAUUGUAAAUUGUAGAUAUUCUCCUUUUACUUUUUAACAUGUCAAUCUAUUGAAUCACUCGACGGGGAAAUUUUGAACAAUUUAGGAGUUUUUUCUUUUUCUUUUUUUUUUAAUACAGUGAUAUUCUCAUCCCA